CCGUCCCACACGCAUUCUCUCUCUCUCUCUUCUGUAAAUAUUUGCUCAACAAUCUCAUUUACUCUUUCGAACCCUUUUCAUCGUCUUUCGUCUAUGGCGGCCAACAGAUUCGCGACUUUGAUCCACCGGAAAACGAACCGGAUCACACUCGUUCUCGUCUACGCUUUCCUGGAGUGGACACUCAUCUCCUUCAUCCUUGUCAACUCUCUCUUCUCUUAUUUCAUCCUCAGAUUCGCUGAUUACUUCGGUCUCAAGCGACCUUGCCUCCUCUGUUCACGACUCGAUCGGUUCUUUGAUCCUUCUGGUAAAUCUCCUUCACACAAAGAUCUCCUCUGCGAUGAUCACGUUCACGCCCUCGAGGUUUCAAAGCCUCUCUCUGAAUCCAAAGGCUCAGAUGAGUCCGAGUCCUUUGAUGUGGUGUUCCCUAAGGAGCUGGUCUGUUGUGCUCCGAUGGAGCCUGAUCUGAGGGAUGAUAAAGGUUAUAAUGGUUUUGUUAAAACGAAUCUGAUCGGUGAUGAUGUUCAAGUUCACAAUGGUCGGCUUUUCACCGAACGGUCCCGAUCUAUCUUUGUCCUGGAAGAACACGUAGGAUCUGCUCAUUUGAUUGAUUCUCAGGAACGAAGCUUCUUCACUAGGGUUGAACAAGAAACAGAGGAGAAGGUUAUUGAUGAAGAUGAAGAAACAGAGGAGAAGGUUGUUGAUGAAGAAAAAACAGAGGAGAAGGUUGUUGAUGAAGAAGAAACAGAGGAGAAGGUUAUUGAUGAUGAUGAUGAGUUCUCUUGCUUUGUAUCGAGUUUCGAUUGUAACAAAGAAGUUGUUGUAACGGAGAAGGAAGAAGAAGAAGAAAACAGAGUGGAUCUAGCUAUGGAGGUCGAUGAUAAACCUGCUCCGGCGACGAACCUUGAGUUCUACAUUGACGACCAGGAUUGCCAUUUGAUUCCGGUUGAAGAAUUCUACAAACCUAGCGAGGAAGUCCGAGAGAUUUCCGACGUUAACGGUGAUUUUAUUCUUGAUUUCGGCGCUGAGCCUGAUUUCACGGCGGCGGUGACGGCGGAGGCGGCGGAGGAGGAAGACGUGGCGUUAGCUUCCGACGAGAAAGAAUCGAAACCGGACAACGCUAAGACGAGUCAAGGUGAUUUGUUAAUGUUCGUUUCUCCUGAUCAACAACAACAACAACCUGAACCUGACUUCACCACCACGGCGGCGGAGGAGGAGAAGGAAGACGUGGCGUUAACUUCGGAGGAAGUCUCCGCUGUUCCCUCGCCGGGAGAAUCGAAACAAGACGACGAUGAGACGAAACAAGAUUCUCCGACAGAUGAUGAGUUAUUGCAAACGCAGAACGAUGAUGAUACAGACGCAGAUGUUUCAAUAGGCACAGAGAUUCCUGAUCACGAGCAACUCGGAGAUAACCAAUCUCACCAACUCAUUCCUCAAGACGACAACGAUCAUGAAAAUGAUGAUACGUUGGAGUUCAAAACAGUGGAUAUUGAGACAAAAAGACCUGUCUUACACGCCAACAAAGAAAUGCUUCUUGAAACUUCAGACGGUCUACACAACGUUAUGUUUCAACUAGAUAGAAGUGGAUCCAGAACAGAACAAGAACCCACCCUUGAGAAUAAGGAAUAUGCUGAAGCAUUACUCACCGUGGACAAGUUGAAGUCAGAGUUAGAAGAAGAGAGAAAGGCUCUCAACGCCUUAUACGAGGAGCUAGAGGAAGAGAGGAGCGCGUCCGCGACUGCAGCAAACGAAACGAUGGCGAUGAUCAAUAGAUUACACGAGGAGAAAGCAGCGAUGCAGAUGGAGGCGUUGCAGUACCAGAGAAUGAUGGAGGAGCAAUCAGAGUUCGAUCAAGAGGCCUUGCAGCUACUAAACGAAGUCAUUGUGAAACGAGAGAAGGAGAACGCGGAGCUGGAGAAGGAGCUAGAGGUGUGUAGGAAGAGAGUGGAGGAGUAUGAAGCUAAAGAGAGGAUGGGGAUGAUGAUGAGGAGAAUGAGAGAUUCCUCCGUUGAUUCGUAUAGAAACAAUGGAGAUUCAGAUGAGAACAACGGAGAGUUAAGGCAUAAGAGCGUUGAAGGAGAGAGUGAAGUGGAGAACACUCCUGUUGAUGUUGUGCUUCGUCUUGAUGAGUGUUUAGAUGAUUAUGAAGGUGAGAGGCUUUCUAUUCUCGGGAGGUUGAAGUUUCUUGAGGAGAAACUCACUGCUUUGAAUGAUGAAGAGGGCGAGGAGAAGGAGAAGGAAGCUAAGACGUUUGAGAGUAAUGGAAAUGGGCAUGUUCAUGAAAAGGAGACCAAUGGGAAACAUAGAGUUCUUAAGUCGAAGAGACUACUUCCUCUCUUUGAUGCAGUUGAUGGAGAGAUUGGAAACGGAGAACACUAUGAAAAUGGUGUUGUUGAUGAGUCGGAGAAAGGUGAGAUUGUUAAUGUGGAGGAUGAAGUGGAUGAGCUAUAUGAGAGACUAGAAGCUUUGGAGGCAGAUAGAGAGUUCUUGAGACAUUGUGUUGGCUCAUUGAAAAAAGGGGACAAAGGUGUUCAUUUACUCAAUGAGAUUCUGCAACAUCUACGUGAUCUCAAGAAUAUUGAUCUUAUUCGUGUUAGAGAAAAUGAAGACAUGAGUUAUUGAGUGUGGGUUUGAGUUUUGAGUUUUGAGUUUGAGUUCACUCUAUGCAUUUGGUGGCGUGAACAGAAGAAAUCAUAAAGGUUAAGGAGUGACUGUGUUGCUUGAGAGGCAAGGAACAACAAGAAAAGGUCUAAGAUGAAGAAGAAAAUGUCAUAAAAGACUCGGAUAAAAUAUCCAUCUGAUUCACUUAUGUUCUGUCAGAUGAGAAUGUCAGUCUUUUUUUUAAUUUGUUCUUAUUAUAAAAAUUGAAGAUUUGUUAUAUAGAAAGAGAGGAGUGGUGUCAGCAUAAUUUUUCACUUUUUUAUUUGUCUUUAUGAGUGGUAAUAGAAAAAAAGGUAGAAUGAUGAGUGUAUGUGUGUGUAGUGUAGUGAGUAGUAAGGUGAGAUAUUGCUAUUAAAAAAAGCCAAAGGGCAAGCUGUCAAAUUUGUUGGAUGUUUGUGGCAGAGCUUGGAAUGAUUUCAACAACAAUGCCAGCUCCAAUGUACAUAAUGGUUUUGUUUUUUUUUGGACUUUUUAGAACAUUUAGGAACUUUCGGGGUGAGUUCAGAAUUACUGUUAACAGGUGGGGUAAGUAACCUCUUGAUUUGUUUUCUUUUGGAUUGUAACUUGAUAGCAAUUACGCAUGACUCACUCUGCAAAGACGAGUCCUUUGUUGUGUUUUCUUUUGUAUCAAUAUACUCUCCCAAUAUAUUCGUUUUACCUUUUGCAAUUGUGUAUUUUUUUAAACUGUUUGUGUUUAGAGAAGGGGUUGUAAAUUAUAUUGCAAGUUAUUCUCGGAUCGAUGGAAUGGAUUCAGUUCUAAGCAAUAUACUAAUCUGG